CGUCGAUUGGUUGGCGCGUUUGUUUGGGGAGACCUUGGAGGCCUGGCUGGUCGCGCGGGGCCAGAACGUUAGAGCCUCCAUGAACAGGUGUUGUCCACCUGUAGCCUCGGUUGUGAGGGGACUCCUCGGCUCCGUUUUUUUCUGCCUGACACGGACUAUGAGCCUCCGUGGAAAUCCGGCUGCCUAUCUGUCGGGGGCCGCGGGCGGCAGCAGCAGCAGCAGCAGCGGAGCGGGCUCUGACGAAGGAGGGAGCGCCUUCUUCCUGCCCUCGACCUCCUCGCCGCGGCCGCGGCUGCUGCGGCUAUCGGAGGUGCCGGGCGACGAGCCCUUCAAAGCCAACGACGCGCUGCUGCACCUGCCCCUUUCCGCCCCCGCGACGGGGCAGGCUCAGCAUCACGUCGUCUACUUCCCGGGGGACGUGCAGAACUAUCAUGAAAUUAUGGCUUGUCAUCCAGAGAACUUCCAGUGGAAACAAUGGUGCUUAGAAAAUGUUGCAAUUAUUCUUGGUCAUCGUUUUCCAGGCAGUUACAUUUGGAUUAUAAAAUGUUCCCGUAUGCAUUUGCACAAGUUCAGCUGCUAUGAUAAUUUUGUGGCAAGCAAUUUAUUUGGAGCACCUGAACAUACUACUGACUUUGGAGCCUUCAGACACCUUCAUGCCCUGCUAGUUAAUGCAUUUAAACUUGCUCAAAAAAUUUUGGUGUCUCAGAAAAACAUGCACGAGUUCAGCGACAAUACAGAGGAAGUUUCUUGUGAAUUACCUACUUUUGCAACUAGUAACGGUUGCCCAGCAGCAGACAAACACUGUGAACAUGUUAGCAAUUCUGCUAUGAGCUUUAAUGAGCCUUCUGCUAUUGGUAGAAAUUCAUUCACAUUAAUAGGAUUCAGUAAAGGUUGUGUUGUCUUGAAUCAAUUACUUCAUGAACUGAAAGAAGCAAAAAAGGACAAGGAUAUAGAUGAUUUUAUACAAAAUAUAAAAGCUAUGUACUGGUUGGAUGGCGGUCAUUCUGGAGGAAGUAAUACUUGGGUAACAUACCCUCAUGUGCUGAGAGAGUUUUCACAGACUGGAAUUUCAGUUAGUGCUCAUGUCACACCAUAUCAGGUAUUUGAUACAAUGAGAACAUGGAUUGGAAAAGAGCACAAGAGAUUUGUACAACUUCUUGAGGAAUUUGGUGCAAAUAUAAAUAGCCAACUUCAUUUUGCUGAUGAAGCACCUUCUUUGGAAAAUCACUUCAAAGUGCAUGAAGUAUUUUGAUAUGUUAAUAAUGCCAUUAUACUGUAUCUGCAAAAUAGAUCUUAAACUUCAAGUUUAAUAUUGUGUUUUGUUAACACUUGGAAGAGGAAAUAUUAUAUAUGCCUUCUAAGAUGAAUUUGAUGUGUCUACUGCUUGUAACUGAAGUCACCAGAAAGUUACAGCUUUUGAUCUGAACAAGGCAAUGAUGAGAAAAACCAAUUUAAGAGCAAAAAGAAAAAAAAACCUUAAUUCAGAUUAAUGUUAUAGGAGAUUUUUCUAGAAUUAUAAUGAGCAAAACUUUCAAGCAUAGGUAUAAAAAUAUCACCUUCAAAUUCUUCUAAUUUGAUGAAAUUUAUGUUUUGUUUUUGAAUAAAAUCCUGUUAUUUAGAUGGGAUAAUUAUUAGAAUAGCAAAGCUACUCUAAACAUUAUUUAGUACUUUAGCACAAGCGAUGCAGUAAAUUGGUUAUUUUGACAGUAUUUAUCUUCAUUGCAAUAAGUAUAUAUUAACCUUGGGAAUAAGGUGAAUAACUACUGUACUGUUGUGCCAGAGAUACCCUGCAAUUUCUAACCAUUGCAAGCAUCUACAGAUGUUGUAUUUUUUUUGUUUUUUUUUCAGGGGCGGGCAUUGGAAGAGAAUUGAACAACUUUGUGUGUGUGAGACCAAAAAUGUACACUCUCAUGUGGUUCAACAUUCCAUAUUAAUGGUGAAAGCUUAACGCUCAAUACAGUGUUGAGCUUUUGUAACUUGAGACUGUUAGAAUUUUUAUAACUGUAAUUAUUACUUUGCUGAAUAUAAAGCCAUGUAAUUAAUUAUAUUAAUACUGUAAGUUUUGCAAAAAUGAUAGUAGCAUAUAGUUAUUAUUUAUAGCACAGGAACAUCAAGCAGCAUUCUCUUAUAAAAUGGCAAUUAUCACCAGUGUAAAACAUUUUGAUUUUCUGUAGUUAAAAAUUAAAGUAUUAAUCCAUCAGUGCAAUUGAUCAAUACUUUUAUAUAUUCUUUGAAAGCUAAUUACUAGAAACCAGAACACUUUGGAGAAUAGAGAAUUCACCUGAAUUUUAAAUGAUUUGUGAAAACAACAGGGUCCCUUAAAACAAUUUCCCAAUCUUUUCAGCUUUGCGGCCCUGGAGAGGGGGGAUGGUUCUGCGCAGAUGCGGUGUGUGUGCACGCACUUGCCUGCUGCUUGUCCAAGUGAGGAUGUGCGCGCACACUCGCCCAUCACUUUCUCUACCCAGU